AUGAGUCUACGUAUGCCAGACGACCAGACGAGGCCUAGGACAGCAGACGACAAAAUAGACAAGUCGAAUCAGAAACAGCUGCUCUAUGGUAUCCGAAUAACAUCGCGAGGCGGCCGAGUCGAGAUGAAGAUGGGCGCGGAAGACUGCACCCACGGCCUGGAUGAAACGGGUGCAGCCAAUUUGUAUGCCUUCAAAGCGAACAUUCGUGCCGAUGUCAAUCGCGAUGGCAUUGUCGACAUCUCCGGCACCUCUGACUGUGUCGGAAAAGCGAAGUGGACCAACGAGCGGGGCGCCAUCUUCCUUCCCAACAUAGGCGAUACCAAUCGUCGCUGUUCAAUAAUUAGACCGCCUUUGAUUGAUAAAGAGCUGGUGGCAUGCAAUGAUGCAUCAGAUGACAUCCAGCGCGCCCCACAGCACCUAGCUCCUCUUCGGACAGUGCCCUUGACCGAUAUAUCAGACUCAGCAACCGGAUGUAUAUCGAUUCCUGAUCUCAAGCAAAGGCCUCUCACUCGGAUCUUUCACAAACAAGAGGGCAAUUGGGAGAUUGUACGGAAUGAACACACCUUCACGGCAUCGCAACUUCGCAGCGGCCUACACUUUGGAAUUGAUGCAAGAGACACACGCAGACCCGAUGUCUGGGACGGUCGCGCCACUGUGAGCUUCAAGGUCCAAGAUGGGAGCGAGACAUCGAUAGAUGAAGUUGAACUGCGUGUUGCGCCGGUCAUUGUACACAACCACCUCGAUAAGGUGCAGCAGUUGCUUUCAGUCGCGGGAGAUGAGGCGAACAUGCCGUGGCAGCACCAUUUCGCGCAGAAUCUGAAAUUGGAAACAAAUAGUCUGAAUCUUCCCGAGCCCUUUCUUUUCAAGGGCAAAGACGAUCCCUGGGUGCAAGACUUCCUCAAGCCGGGGUACACUAGCAUGCCUGGGCCGGAUGGACCCAUUGGACUCCGCGUACAUCUACGCUCAAGUCAAGAUUCUCGCGUAGCAGGACGCCAAGUCUUUGAGUGCUUGAGAGAUACUGGUGUGGGUGCUGUUCAGCAGCUAGGUGGCGCAAGAGACGAGAUCAACUCAAUGGGGAACCUGGAAUGCACGCCGCCGUUCGAGUUCAACGGAAAGAAGUGGCCUGCUGGUCGGAUAAUCAUGGGUCGACAUGGUCCAUAUGAGCCACAUAUCCUUCCGUAUCUCCAUGCUCAGGAAGUCCAAGAUCCAAUCCUGCUCGACACGGCGUGGCUGUAUGUAGGCCACGUCGACGAGUUUGUGCAAUUUGUGCCAUCGAAGACAGAUAGAGGAUGGGCUGUCAUGGUCGCCGACCCAGAAGCUGCACUGAAGAUGCUUCAGGAUUUUCAAAAGGCCGGCUACGGUGAUGUGACAUGGUACUCACGCAAGACCGACGCCCCAAUUGACGGAGUGACAUUAGAGACGUGCACAGACGAGAAUUACGGCUCGCUUUCGGUGCCCGUCCCCGAAAAGACCAUCAACGAGUUUCUCUCAGACCCCGAAUUUACUACUAAGAAUACCGAGGCUGCUAAACGUAUCAAAGCGAACGUUGACGUUCUCAAAACCGAGAUUGGGAUCAGUGACGCCGACAUCCACCAUCUACCCAUACUCUUCUACAAUGUUAACCGCAAUGAGGUCCCAGAUAACGGUCCACGAGCAGCGGACGAGGAACUCGCGUGCAUCGCUGCGCAUCCCGCGACCAUCAACGGAGUGGUCCUGACUGGAUUCGGGACAUACCUCGCGCCUAACCCUUGGGGGCCAGUGAUCAAUGGAAAAGAUAUCAUAGCCGAGACCACUGAAAGCAUUUAUGAAAAUCUAGGCUGGAAAGUCAGGUUCUUGGAUAGUUGGAACUCACACCACGCCUUUGGCGGUGAAGUGCAUUGUGGGACCAACACGAUCAGGGAGAUGGGGAAACAGUGGUGGUAA